UUAAAACAAGAAUUUAUAUAAAAGAUAAAGAUUUAAAGAAAAGGAUUAGAAUAUACAAUCGUAAAUACUAAAAUAUUCAUAGAUUAAAGUGGAACAAAAAAAAAACAUGAAAAAAAUGUAAAUUAAUAUUUGAAACAAAACACACAAAAGUGGGUGUGAUGGAGUUUGUUUGCGACAAAAAUAAAUAAAAAUAACAAGAAAGCAAAUAGUUUUUUAGUGGUUUUUGGCAAAUUGAUUUCUAAUUAUUUUCGUAGUUAUUGCCUGCCACAAAUACUUAUAGAAACUAAUAAAUAAAUUCAUAAAACAACAAUUCCAAUUUAAAUAGUAUUUAGCAAAAUAAUUUGUUUUUCAACAUAUCAACUUGUUUGACUCAACAAUAUGCCUUUAUCGCUGACAACUCGUCGUAGACAGCAGACGUCGUCGUCAACAUCUGCCAAGUGGUCUUCGUCGUCAUCAACUGCACAACAGCAUCUUGUUGCUCAACAUUUUGCUGCAACGAACAAUUCGAAUAAUUUAGUACGUCAACACUUUCAAAAUCAACCGGUACGCAAACAAAAAUCCUUUAUAGAAACUUCACAUCUCAAUAAAACUCUCUUAACAUCACAUACGGGACGUGCGUAUUUAUCUCGCGGCCUUUCGGUAGGAAGAUCACAUGAUAUACAACGUUCCACGUAUCACAAACAAGUUUUAAAGAAACAUUCUUCCAUUACGGCUGCAAUUGGUAAUGGUAGCAAUGAGCGUGAAUCUUUAAAAACGGGUGAAUUAAUAAAGAAAAAUAUAACGUCUUGUGGACGCAGUGUCAUUGGCGGUAGUGAUUUUUUACGUAAUUCUAGCCGAGUACAAGCUUGGUCAUCGACUUCGUCGAUUUUAAAGUCAUUAGAUAAGGAAUUGGCUCAACUGAAUGGUGUUGUUGGAAAGUGUAAAGACGCUAAAGUCCUAAAGGGUCAUGGAGAUAGUGUCAAUAACGUUAAAAUAAAUAACAACCCAAAAACGGAAACUACAAUAACCCACAACUCAAACAAUUACCAUUCCAAUAAAAGAUCGACUAAACCUGAAGUAAAUAAAGUUAACUUAAGCAUAGUUCUAUCACAUGCUCUAAAUUCAACGAAAGAAGAGAACUACUGUAUAGACAGUGAACAGGAAGCGGAUGAGGAUAAUGACGAAACAGACACUGAUGAAACAUUAAGUGAUUCUAACAAAAAUAUAAAUUCCCAAACGAAAGACAACAAGAAAUUUGAAAACUCUUGCAACACACGUUCCUCUAUACCAGCUCAACAACGCCGAGCAGUCUAUCACUCCAGUAGAUUUGUAACAAAUUUAGCUUUAAGCAGUCAUAGCAACAACAACAACAAUACAACAGGAACAACAAAUCUAACUAGUGGCCUACAAAAUCCACAAAACUUUAACGCUUCACCCUCACUGACCGUACAAAGGCGACCACCCUUGGUGCGUGCUAUGUCGGCACCUGUACGUAGUUUUGACGAAACAACGGCUAAAAGUUCAGCAACAUUUUUGGCCUCUAAACGAAAAUCUCGCAGAAGAAAAUUAAAUUCACGCAAUAUAAGCUGUGAUAAGGGUUCAACGGAUGUUUUAAGUGCAAAAGAUUUAAAUGUUGAACGAAAAUCUACAAUAAAUAGAAAAGUUUUAACACGUUCCAAAUCGGUGGCAGCCGAUGUUAUAACUUUGGUCUCACUCAUAAGUUCAGAGGGUUCAGACUCGGAAAAAGAGGAAUCUGCUAUAACACCUACCAAUUCGCAUAAGGGAAGUCCAACUAAAAGGGCCCCUUCCUUAAGAAAAACUGGCAAAUCGGUAUCUUUUCAAGAGAAUUAUCCACCCACCUUUCAAUUUGCCUCUAAAGAAUAUUCUCAUAUGCUGAGAAGGGGUUCCAUAGCCCCCUUGGCUCAACGCAUUAAAUCGAAUAGACCACCCACAGCACCUCCUGGAUCAAUAUUUCAUAACAAUUCAAAAUUAAAUAACGAAAUGACUGCUGCCCUUAAUAGUGAGUCGACAGAGGAAAAAGAAAAUAAUAUGGAAAAUUUAAAACCUAAUGUAAGUCCCACUUUAAACGAUAAACCCCUGGAAGAGGAAUAUGAAUUCCCUGAAUAUGUACGCAGUCUCAAAGAACGUGAAUGUUGGAAAUUAUAUAUGAAAAUGUCCACAAAAGGUGUUAAUAUAACCUAUGACACUAUACUGCGUGGCAUGUUGACACCUACAGAAUUUCGUCAAUUGCAAAAACAACGCGAACUGGAAGAGGCUAAAGCCCAAAAAGAAGCAGAAGAAAAUGGUGUGUUAGAGGAAAAGUCUAAAAGUACACCCACCGCUAUAGAGAGACUUAAGGAGAGUUUAUUGAAAAAUUAACUUACAAAAUAAUCGCAUUGCCUUUAGAUUUUUAACACACGAUGAAGCCUAAAAUUUCUUAUGUAGUUUUUAUUAUAUACAUAUAUCGUACUUCUUUUGUUUAAAGCACUCGUUAAAUACUAGACACUUAAA